AUGAACGACAACUUCAGCAAGGUUAUGCUUGACAAUUUAAAUAAUCGAGGUAUUCAUUUACCUGGACUUGCUGUUUGUGAAUCUUUAUCAACACAAAAACAAAGAUUUUCAAGUGCUGGAUUUUCGACGGUAAAUGGAUGGACGAUUAAUGAAAUAUAUAACAACUUUUUGCCUGGGCAAGAGGUUCAAAGAAUAGAAAAAUUGGAUCCUUUGGACGAACGUGAAUUGCUUACACAACUUUUGGAACAUUAUUGUCUAAUCUUUGCAUUUAAAGAUUCAACUAAAAAAUGGGAAAAACUUGCCGAUUUAAUUGUUCAAUGA